ACCAACCACAAAGAGCUAUAAACUUAAAACAAAUUACUGUCUCCAGCUAAAAGAAAACCAAGAUCCAUGAGUGGGCAUCGGUCAACAAGGAAACGAUGUGGAGAUUCUCACCCGGAGUCCCCUGUGGGCUUCGGACACAUGAGUACUACAGGAUGUGUGUUAAAUAAAUUGUUUCAGUUACCUACACCACCAUUAUCAAGACACCAACUAAAGCGACUAGAAGAGCACAGAUACCAGAGUGCUGGACGUUCCCUGCUUGAACCCUUAAUGCAAGGAUAUUGGGAAUGGCUAGUUGGUAGAGUUCCCUCCUGGAUUGCCCCAAAUCUCAUCACCAUCAUUGGAUUGUCAAUAAAUAUCUGUACAACAGUUUUGUUAGUCUACUACUGCCCUACAGCUACAGAACAGGCACCUCUGUGGGCGUAUAUUGCUUGUGCAUGUGGCCUUUUCAUUUACCAGUCUUUGGAUGCUAUAGAUGGGAAGCAAGCCAGAAGAACCAAUAGUAGCUCUCCUUUGGGAGAACUUUUCGAUCAUGGUUGUGAUUCACUAUCAACAGUCUUUGUGGUUCUUGGAACUUGUAUUGCGGUGCAGCUGGGGACAAACCCUGAUUGGAUGUUUUUUUGUUGUUUUGCUGGGACAUUCAUGUUCUAUUGUGCACAUUGGCAAACAUAUGUUUCUGGAACCUUGCGAUUUGGAAUAAUUGAUGUGACUGAAGUACAAAUCUUCAUAAUAAUCAUGCAUUUGCUGGCAGUGAUUGGAGGACCACCUUUUUGGCAGUCUAUGAUUCCAGUGCUGAAUAUCCAGGUGAAGAUUCUCCCUGCCCUUUGUACUGUAGCAGGGACCGUGUUUUCCUGCACAAAUUACUUCCGUGUAAUCUUCACAGGUGGGGUUGGCAAAAAUGGAUCAACAAUAGCAGGAACAAGUGUCCUUUCUCCUUUUCUCCAUAUUGGAUCAGUGAUUACAUUAGCUGCAAUGAUCUACAAGAAAUCAGCAGUUCAGCUUUUUGAAAAGCAUCCCUGUCUUUAUAUACUGACAUUUGGUUUUGUUUCUGCUAAAAUCACUAAUAAGCUUGUGGUUGCACAUAUGACGAAAAGUGAAAUGCAUUUGCAUGACACAGCAUUCAUAGGUCCUGCACUUUUGUUCCUGGACCAGUAUUUUAACAGCUUUAUUGAUGAAUAUAUUGUACUGUGGAUUGCUCUAGUCUUCUCAUUCUUUGAUUUGAUACGCUAUUGUGUCAGUGUCUGCAAUCAAAUUGCAUCUCACCUUCACAUACACGUCUUCAGAAUCAAGGGCUCUACAGCUUAUUCUAAUCAUCAUUAACGAUGUGAUUGGUAUUAUGUAGGAAACUCAUGUUUUCCAAAGGAAAGAAUUGGAACAUAUUAAGGAGAAUGGAAUGGAAAAGAACAAAUAUAAUUUAUAAUAAUCAAUGUUGUAUAACUUUCAUUCUAUGUUAUUGGUAACACUCCUUAACUAUCCUGUGUGAGAAUGGGAAUUUCGAGUCCUGUCUUAUAAAUUGUACAUGUGGUCAUACAGGGUUUGACUCAAGAAAGCAUGCAGGAAAAAAGUUGCCAUGUGUUUGUAAUCAUCCCGGGUUCAAAAUAAAAUUGUCAUGGGGAGCAGAUCCCUGGUGAUGGAGAUUUCUAUUUGUAGAAUAUUUGCAGGCCAGAAGAUGGUAACUUUUUAAUUUUAACAAAUCAUCAUCGUUUAUUGACAUCUUGUUUAAUAUCUUCUCAAGCUUUCUUUUACUAGUGAGCUCAGCUUGUGGUACAGAUAAAUCCCACUAGUUUGUGAGGUGGAACUAGUGAUAAAGACUUUGAAUUUGGAUUCAAAGGUUUCCUAUCUUUACAUCGCCAGGAAGUCAUUUUUUAAUUGCUUUAGAAAUAAUCUCUCUCAUGGGCUUGGGAAAUCCUGUUAGCAUGCAGAAUAAUGUGGUAACUUUGUUGAUCCAUUUUAUUUUUUUAAAUAAAUAUAUGAUCUGAAAGCCAUCUUUUUCUCAAUUUCAUUCAGCGAAAAAACAAACUAAAUUUUAAUUUUUUUUUUUUUAGCAAAAUUUCUGUUCCUUAGUAAAUAAGGAAAU